AUGGAGAUGGUCCUCAUCUUCACCUUCUGCCUGAUUCUAGCUGGUACUGAUGCUGUAACUACAGUAACUGGAUACAGAGGACGAUCAGUUCAGAUUAAAUGCCCCUACACAUCUGGAUAUGAAAAGAACACAAAGUAUCUCUGCAGAGCCAAAGUCUUCACCGUCAACAUCACUGAUCUGAGACCAGAGGAUGAAAACACUUACUGGUGUGCGAUAGAGAAGACAUGGCAUGAUAUUUACACAGAGAUUCUGCUUCUGGUUAAAACAGAUGAUCCAUCCAUCAGUACUGUCUCACACACCACACACUCCAUUUCAACACACUCAAUGAGCACAUCAGUGCCUGCUGAGAGAACACACUCAUCAUCAGAUUUCUACACCUCCCUCAGUGUGGUUCCAUGCCCUGAUUAUGAUUAUGAUGAGAUUAAAGACAACAAAAGUCGUUCUAACAUAAUUUACUCCACUGCUCCACCUCCCUUAAACCCCUCUGAGAUUUAUUCCAACACUGGAUUACCCACAGUUCCCUUUGAUGAUCCAGAAACUGUUUAUACUACAGUAGAUCACCCAUCAGAUCCUCCUGAUCAGGACUUUUACUCCACAGCUCAGUUCCCCCCAGUUCCCUCAUCAGUCAGUGCUGCUCCACCAUCAGUUGUGGAAUCUGGUGAACAUCUAACGUACGCAGCACUGGAUCUUGACACCAGCUCUGGUGCAGCUCCAGCAGUGAUCUACAAGCAUGAAAACAACUCUAGUGAAUAUGCUACUGUUACCUAG